AUGAAAAUUGAUAAUACUUCAUCAAAAAUAGAUCCAACACUCGGCAAGUAUUUAAUGAUUCUCAAGUAUGCGAAUCAAGCUGAUUUAGGUUUGUCAAAACAACUCGCUGAAAUGUCACAUGGAAUAAACGAGAUUAAAGGAGUACCUUACAUUGAUCCACAAGCAUUCAAAAAUAACGAAUACAAACUAGACAAAAAAUCAGAUGUGUAUAGCGUAGGAGUUUUGCUUUGGGAGAUAUCAAGUGAACGUCCUCCUUUUGAAAAGUCAACAAAUAAAGUAUUUACAAUGUUAUCAAUUGUGACUGGGAAUAGAGAACAGCCACCACAACCACCACAACCAAUUUCCCCAACACCAAGUGAUAAAAUAACGAGUUCAUCAUCUAGUUAUAUUAAUGAUUUUAGUGUAUCUAUUUCAGAUGAAUUAGAAGAAAUUAAAAAAAUGGCGGAUGAUAAAAUCAAUAAUAAAGAAAAUAAUAAUACACAAGGUUCUAAGGAAGAUAAUGAAAAAAUUAUUAUAUCGGAAGAAGAUGAAAAAUUUUUAAAUAUUUUAGUCACAAUUUUUGUGAAUAGUAUAAAUAAUGGUGAUGAAUAUUAUCAAACAGCAAUAAGUCUUUUUUGUUUUAUUGAAGAAAAUAAUAAAGAUCCUACUGAUAUCUAA